AUGUGGCGAGAACAACCAAACAUUUUACGUCCACAGCACGUCGGCACCACUUUUUACUUGCCAGACAGGGGUAACUCCAGGGAGCCGGGAGUUUCGAGACCAUCGACCUCGGUAGAGUUUGCUCGGUCUCCUGUAAAUUCAUGUAACUUGGAGAAGAGUUCUGUCCCUACUGAAGGAAUGAUAGAUCCCAUGGUGGAUGCACUGCUCUCGCGCUACAGAGUCGAAAAUGAAAGACUUCGCGACCAGAUAAAGGCAAACGCUGUGCACCAGGCGCUUCUUGAACGACGGAUGCAUGAGCUAAGCGCGAAAAAUACAGCCCUUCACUUAAGGUCAUUUCAAAAGAAAGACGAUAACAACGAUGUGGAGAUGCUAAAAAAACAGUUAGAAAAUCGAGAAAACCAGGUGCGUGAACUGCAGCUGCAAGUAAAAGAGCAGGCUGGACGUAUUGCUGCGUUCGAGGAGGCUUUUGCUCGACCGUCACGUGAUAAGGAAGAACAUGCGAAUUCUUCCCAUUCUUUGCCAUCAUCAUCAUCAUCAGGACGCACACAUGAGCUCUUAUGUCAGGCGCUGAGCAGUGUGGACUACUUAACACGUGUAUUUAAUGCUAUCAAACACUGUAUAUCUACACCCCAUGGGGGAGCUGAAUGUCCUCGUUCGUUUCAAGAAUGCACGAAACGUUGUCUACAAGUUGCCAUGAAGGGAAACCAGGAGACAGCCGGUGAAGUAAUGGGUCGAGGAUUCCGUCUGUCAUGCGAGGAGUUGGCAAUUGCCGUUCGUGAAGAAGUACAGUUUUGUGAAACGGCGGCGGUGCGAAUAGCGGCACAAUUACUCACCGAUGACUACUUCGUCUCCGUUGAUGCAGUAAACGCAUCGCACGAAGUAGCACCAGGGUCAAGUGAUAAAGAACCUCCAAGAGAAAAGAGUCCAACUGCUGCCCCUCAAGAUUUACAGACAUCAAUUACCACUUCCUCUGUCGCGUCCAAAAAAGUUCCUCGACCUUCAGUUGACGAUUGUGAGGUUCAGUGA